UGCUGUUGAAUAUAAUAUAUAAGGUGUCAGGCAAUCAGCAAUCAGCAAUCAUACAAUUCGCGAACGCUCAAGAACGUUGUGGAAGUUUAUGUGAUAAAGAGUUUGUUGACAAUUUUUUAUUGUUUAAAAGGAAUUAGGAAUUAAAAUGGAAUUUCCACAUCUUGGUGAACAUUGUAGUGAGAAAACUUGCAACAGACUUGAUUUUCUGCCCCUAAAGUGUGAAGCAUGUGAAAAAGUGUUUUGCUCUACGCAUUUUACUAAUCACGGUGACUGCCCUGGUGCUUUAAAAAACGUUCAAGUUCCAGUGUGUCCUUUAUGUGGAAUGCCAGUACCAACAGCACCAGGCGUGCUCCCGGAUAUAACAGUUGGCAGACACAUUGAUAAACAAUGCAAAUCGGACUCAAAGAAAAUAUUCACAAAUCGAUGUAGUCACACUGGAUGUAAACGCAAGGAACUGAUACCUGUUACGUGUUCAAUAUGUAAACAAAACUUCUGCUUGCGCCAUCGCCACACAGCAGAUCAUGACUGCAAAUCUACUAAUAGCUCAGUCAAUUCAACAAAUAAUAAAGUACAAACUGAAGUUAACCAAAGAACACUUGCUGCCAAUGCGGCCGAAUAUCGUCGUUUGAAUAAACCAACCUCGUUGUUUAGUACAAAUGCAAAAACCAAUGUCCCAGCAGCUAAAAUGCCACCAAUUGCGCAACGUACACAUAUGCAGAACCUUCAAGGAAAUAUGACGGACGAUGAAGCUUUACAACGUGCUAUUGCUCUUUCAAUUUUGGAGCUUGACGAAUCCGCUGACCGCAAUCGCCUUAAUAAUUCAACUGCUCAACACAAUGCUACAGUACCUAUCGUCAGGCAAAACGCCCAACAGACAAACGAUAAAGACAAAUGCUCGUUAUCGUAGUCAACGCAAAGUGAAAAUGACCAAAACGACUAUUAAGAAUCUUAAAUUAUUAUAAGUUAUACACUUUUAAGACUUACUUAACUACAAACUAAUUAAUUAAAAUCAUUCCUUGUAAUUGAAAUGAGAACACAAUUAAAUGAUGUUCAAAGCAAGCAUUGCAUGUCGGCUUGGCCAUGUUAUAGCUAACUACUAGAAAAUGGAGGCAAAAUGUUGACUAUUGUCCAUACAAUUUUAUUAAUUUUAAUUAAACUCUAGAGAAAUUUUUAAUUAUUGUAAUGUACAAAAUACAAAAAACAAAAAAAAAAACUGUCGCAAACAAGGUUUCACCUGGUCCAGGAGAUGGAAACUAUUUUUAAUAUUGGUUAUUUCGUUACUU